AUGAAGCUCGGUUGGCUUGAAGCCGCCACUUUGGCGGCCGCCUCCGUCGCCAGUGCAUCCGACCUCGCAUACUCUCCCCCACACUACCCGUCCCCAUGGUCGACCGGCGAUGGCGAGUGGGCCGAGGCCUACAGACGCGCCGUGGAAUUCGUCUCCAAUCUUACUCUUCCUGAGAAGGUUAACUUGACCACUGGUGCUGGAUGGGAGCAAGAAAAGUGUGUUGGUGAGACUGGUGGUAUUCCUCGACUUGGAAUGUGGGGCAUGUGCAUGCAGGACUCUCCCCUGGGUAUUCGCGACAGUGAUUACAACUCGGGGUUUGCGGCUGGUGUCAAUGUCGCCGCUACUUGGGAUAAGAGACUUGCCUACCAGCGUGGUCUCGCGAUGGGUGAGGAGCAUCGUGAUAAGGGUGUGGACGUUCAACUUGGCCCUGUCGCUGGACCGCUGGGCAGGAGUCCCGAUGGUGGUCGUGUCUGGGAGGGUUUCUCUCCCGAUCCCGUUCUGACCGGUGUGAUGAUGGCCCAGACCAUCAAGGGUAUUCAAGAUGCUGGUGUCAUUGCUUGCGCCAAGCACUUUAUCGGUAACGAGCAGGAGCAUUUCCGCCAGGCCGGCGAGGCUCAGGGAUACGGGUACAACAUCUCUGAGAGCGUCAGCUCCAACAUUGACGACAAGACCAUGCACGAGCUGUACCUCUGGCCCUUUGUCGACUCCGUUCGCGCGGGUGUUGGCUCUGUCAUGUGCUCCUACAACCAGAUCAACAACAGCUAUGGAUGCUCCAACAGUUAUACCCUCAACAAACUGCUCAAGGGCGAACUUGGUUUCCAGGGUUUCGUCAUGAGCGAUUGGGGUGCGCACCACAGUGGUGUUGGUGAUGCAUUGGCUGGUCUCGAUAUGUCCAUGCCCGGUGAUGUGAUCCUUGGAAGUCCUUACUCCUUCUGGGGAACAAACCUGACCAUCUCCGCCCUCAACGGUACCAUUCCCGAAUGGCGUCUUGACGACAUGGCCGUCCGCAUCAUGGCUGCUUACUACAAGGUCGGUCGUGACCGCGUCCGUGUUCCUCCCAACUUCAGCUCCUGGACCCGUGACGAAUAUGGCUACGAACAUUUCAUCGUUAGCGAGAACCAGAUCAAGCUCAACGAGCGUGUCAAUGUCCAACGUGACCAUGCCAGUGGAAUUCGCAAGCUCGGAUCGGACAGCACUGUGCUUCUGAAGAACAAGGGCGCUCUUCCCUUGACUCACAAUGAACGCUUCGUCGCAAUUCUGGGCGAGGAUGCGGGCUCCAACCCUGCCGGUGCAAAUGGCUGUUCUGACCGUGGCUGUGACGAUGGAACCCUGGCCAUGGGCUGGGGCAGUGGCACUGCUAACUUUCCUUACCUCAUUACUCCCGAGCAGGCUAUUCAGAAUGAGUACUUGAACUACGGAAAUGGUCAGACCAACGUGUUUGCCGUCACCAACAACUCGAACACCGAGCAGAUUGCCGCAAUGGCUUCCCAGGCCACCGUUUCCCUAGUAUUCGUUAACGCCGACUCCGGCGAGGGUUACAUCAACGUUGAUGGCAACGAGGGUGACCGCAAGAACCUGACCCUUUGGAAGAACGGUGAGCAGCUCAUCAAGACUGCUGCCGAGAACUGCAACAACACCAUUGUCAUCAUGCACACCCCGAGUGCCGUCCUCGUCGGCGACUGGUACGACAACGAGAACAUUACUGCUAUUCUCUGGGCUGGUCUUCCUGUCUCGCCGAUAUUCUCUAUGGUCGCAUCAACCCCGGCGCGAAGACCCCCCUUCACCUGGGGCAAGACUCGCGAUGCCUAUGGCGCUCCUCUGCUCACCAAGCCCAACAACGGCCAGGGUGCUCCCCAACAAGACUUCUCUGAGGGUGUCUUCAUUGAUUACCGCCAAUUCGACAAGGCUGACGAGGAGCCCAUCUUCGAGUUCGGUUUCGGUCUCAGCUAUACCAAGUUCGAGUUCUCCGAUGUGCACGUCACACCCCUCAAGGCCGACAAGUACACCAAGACCACCGGCCGAACCAAGCCCGCCCCUGUCCUGGGCAAGAUUGGCGAAGCCUCCGACUAUCUCUUCCCCAGCGGCAUCAAGCGCGUCACCCAGUACCUCUACCCCUGGCUCAACUCGACCAACCUGAAGGAGUCCUCCGGCGACCCCUACUAUGGCGAGAAGGCCGAGAAGUACAUUCCCGCUCACGCGAGAGAUGGCUCCGCCCAGCAGCUUCUUCCCGCCAGUGGUCCCUCUGGCGGCAACGCAGGUCUGUUCGAGGAUCUCUUCCAGGUCACUGCUACCGUCACCAACACCGGUUCCGUCGUCGGUGACGAAGUUGCCCAGCUCUACGUCUCCCUCGGCGGCGAAGGUGAUCCCGUCAAGGUCCUCCGUGCCUUCGACCGUAUCACCAUCGCCCCGGGUCAGAACGCUCAGUGGACUACCACCCUUACCCGCCGCGAUCUCUCCAACUGGGAUGUCGCCUCGCAGAACUGGGUUAUCAGCGAUGCUCCCAAGAAGGUUUACAUCGGUAACUCGUCGCGCCACCUGCCUGUGUCGAUUGAAUUGCCAUCGACUAAGUAA